GCGGAAUGAAGAGGUCACUUUGAAUUCUAUGCUUCUGUUACUAAAUUCGUUUAACUGGGUGUUCUGUUUUUCAUCAAACAUCAUCAUGGCGAGGCAAGAAACGUGGUCUACUUUUGAGAAGAAAAUGUUGUCAUUAAAAGCUCUAAUCCGCCGCUAUGUGGCCCUAACUUUCAUUGCUGCAUUGCUUGUAAGUUACACAUUUAUGGAGAUCGCGGUGUUGUCAGUAAUGAUGGAUUAUCUCACAGAGAUACUUCAAAUGCAGAAUCAACGGGUAGCUGCUAUUGUCAUAAAUCUUGGAGAUGCUUUAUCAUCUCUCUUUUUCGUUGUUGUUUCUCUAAUCUCGCAAACGUAUACGGGUUCUUUCACUAUGAUCACAUUUUGUGCUGCAGCUUCCAUCGAGGUAAAUAAAUUCUUAAUUGCGUAUUAUUGUUAGAAUUUGAGGAGAUAAAAGAA